AUGUGGCGUCCUUUUCAGCACCCGGGGGCCCUCUUGGCCCCAGGGGAGACCAAGAUUCUCGGUGUCCCCUUCAGUUUUAUAGAGCGCGUAACGCCGAUUCCAGCAGCGGCAACAGCAGUAGCGAUGCUCGUCGCGACGCGGCAAAAGGCAGCAGCACCCACAGCGCUUGUUGGUCAUACUGGGGGUACUCAGUUGUGGGCUCCACGUGGUGGCGUUAGGCGUGGAUUUACUGUGGCUGCAGGGCCUUUACGGCUGCACGAACACCCACCGGAUCCAUCCUCCUUCCUCUCCCUGUCGAUGGGCAAAGGUCCUCAAAGGCCUCAUUUCGCAAUGCCUGCCGGCUCCUCACUGUUCGUCGCGCAUCAUCAUGGAAAGCCAGGCAGGGCGCAUCUAUCUCAAGGGGGCCCCCAGGGGCCCUCUCCAAGAUCGCAUGCAGGUGCCCUUCGAUUCGAAGCCAGAAGCGUCUACCCCAGGGCACUUGUUAAGAGGCCUCCUUGGGAGACCCCAAAGCAGAUCUGGCUUCCCGGCAGCAGCGGCUGUAGGAAUUUGGCUGUAGCGCCUCACUGGCAGACCUCUCUGAGGCCGCCCUUUCCUUCUGCCUCGCAGCACAGGCAGCGUCUCGUGCAGCAACGGAAGCAGCAAGAGCAGACUGCUUCAUCUGCAGAAGGCAGAGGCGGCGGAGGUGCCGGUUGGUCCUUAAGAGCAUUUCUGUGUGCAGCUAGCGGCACGGCUGCCGUCUUGUGGCUUGUAGAACGCCAGCGCAGGGUAGAAGCAGAAGCGGCAGCAGCUGCUGCUGCGGCAGCUGCUGCUGCUGCGGAGAGAGGCGGCUUUGCCUGGCUUUGGCCAGAGUGGGCGUCUCUCGGUAGCAGAAGCAGCAUCAAAGAAAGUGGUCAUGUGAACGGCAGCAUCGCGCUGGGAUUCCCCAGAGACGAUCCUUGGUGGGUGUGGGGCCCACUGGGGACCCCGUUGGUGGAAUUUUCUCCCUUGAAGCCUCAACCGGAACCUAUGAGUGUGCGGCAGCAGUGGCAUCAGCGCCAUCAGCUGCAAGACAGUGGGUGCGUACGGCCGAGUGUGGGGAGCAGUUCUGCCGAAGCGUCUAAGCUGCUGUUGUACUCCUGCGGGGGGAUCUUUCUUUUGUGGCGUGUUGCUGCGGCAGCCUCAAACAGCAGCAGCCUGUGGGGCAGCCACCUGAUGCGGCUGUUGAUGAAUCAUUUUGCGGCCUCCCGUGAGGCCCUGCUGGCUGGCAGACUCCACACGAUCUUCACUGCCAGUAAGCUUGCCAGGUCUGCUGCUGUUGCUAGUGCUGCCGUGAGUGGUUUUACUGCUGUCUCUUUUGCGUCAACUGAAGGCGUGUUGUCUCAUCCAGACGCAAGGGACGCGGUGAUAACGCGACCUUAUUGCUUCCUCUCUUCUGAAUCUAUUCAUCUCCCCACUUCCUCCGUGCCUGCCUUCCCUGUUUCUGGUUUUGUGACAGGUGGUGUCGUUAUUAUCAGGGCUAAUGCUGACGGCGCUGCAGCUAUCCCAGCUGAACCUUCUGGUGAAUGCCGUCUGCUACUUGAUUUCGCGCGUGGGGAGAGGGCGAAUAUCAAUGUUGCUGCGAGGCGUUUCGUGGCCGGGCCACUUGGGAGAUAUCUCGGAUUCACUCAAGAUCCUGGGACUCCAGACGCGAUUGCUGGUGAGGCUGGCAGCAGCACAUUAACACAAGAAGGAGGAAAAAGUUUGGCAACAAUGGCUGCCCACACGCCGCUAAUUUUUAUGCUGUUCCUUGAGGGUGCUAAUUCGCACUGCCGGUUAAAACCGCGUGCUUUGACCGCCUGCAAUUGCAACUUUUUCAGUGCCGGUAUCCUCAGCAGGAUUGUCAUGCUGAUCCCUUUCAUGGCUUGCCGAUUACAAUUGCAGCACGCUCAAAUAGGCUUUAAUGGUGUCGUCUUUUGCCGAUAUAUAGUUUAG